GUCCGUUUUUGUCAUUUCUUCUACUCCAGGACUUGAAAGGAUGGCGUCCCAGACUGGUUCUGCUACUCCGGCCUCCUCUUCCCGGAAGAACUCGUUGCCCUCCCUCUUCUCCGUAGCCGUCACGAAGCGCCUCAGCAAUCGCCUCACGAAGCCCAACCGGUCCCGCAAGUCCCUCCUCGCCUCGGCCGUACAUACGCCGACCUCGUCCAGCGCCGAGUCAAAAACCAAGGCCCUUCAAUCCUCAGUCUCCUCCAAUGUCAUCGAGCUACCCCCAGCCCACCGAUACCGUAGCUUCGGCGAGAUCCUCUCCUCGUCGGGCAGAUCCAUCGCCUCCGUCCUCCCCAGCCGCACACCCCGCAUCAAUGGCCUCGCCAUCGCCAGCCCCCAAAUCUCCAGCCUCUCGACGGCGAUCGGGAUCGAAGGGCCGCUGCCCAAGACCGAUUCGCUGCGCGAGGGCGCGGUUCUCGGCGGUGACGUAGCACUAUUCGGCAGCGGCAUCCCAGCCAAGAUCUACAAGCUUCUCGGGACCGCCCAUCUCGGCGGCGUCAAGGAGCUCGUGCAGCUCACCGGCGAUGUUGCGUUGAAGGAGCUGCUUCCGGGCUUCGCGGGGGAGAUCAUGCUGGCCGAUGUCAGCCUCGUCUACCGCGCCGAGAUCGCGGGGCAGGAGGCAGGCGUGUGGUUAAGGGCUUCGACUCGCUUCGAGGGCGCCCUGGAAGGCGUCGGUAAUGCGGCCUGUGCGGUUUUUGGGCUCAAGACCGCCCGCGCGGAUGUGAGCGGGUAUUUGGGCCAGGAGAGGGAUUGGAAAAAGCCGUUGAGGCCAAAGAGGUUUAGUAUGCAGAGCGUGUUGGGUGGUGAUACGCAGGUGGAUCGGAGGAUCUGCUUUAACAAGAUUGGCGUUGAGGUCUCCGGAGCGCGGGAUGGGAGGCGGACGGCGUAUGAUGUCUUGAUUCAUAUGUUUGGGGAGGUGCUUUUGACCUUGCCCGGCAGUGGUCAGCAUCUGAAGAUGGAGUGGACCAUGAAGGAGGAGACGCCUGGAAUGCUCACGUUGAAGGUCGACAAGUGCAAAGAGGAGGUCGUGGGUAUGGUUGGGUACAAGGGAUUGAGGAUCUCGGACCUUCGGUUGGUUGCCAGUUUUUCUGUCGCAAAGCCCAUCCAGGAGAUCACCUUCGAUUUCGAGGCAACGAUGGCUUUCGGUAACGGAACGCUACUCUUCAAGGGUGUCUACAGCGAAAGCGAAUUCUGGGUGGAGGCAAAAGUGCCUAAGUGCACUCUUGUGGACAUCCAAGCGCUGUACACAUCCAUGACUGGGCGAGAGUUGGAACCGUUCGAUCACUCGGUUGAACUUGAAGACAUCGCUUGCCGCAUUGACGCCAACGGGCUACAGUUCCGGGGUCAGAUCACAGUUGACGGCCAUCGGUCAGUAUCGGGUACGAUAUCGAUUAAGAGGGACGGUGUGGCUAUCACUGGAGUCCUGCAGAACAUCAAGCUAGGUCACGUUACCGUCGAGAAAGCUGCCCUGGACAUUUUUCUCGGAAGGCCGACCAAGAACGAGACUUCUAGGGAGAGCGGCUUCGCCAUCACCGGGAAAGUAUCCUUCCAUGAUAUCGAUAUCGACGUUGCUGUAUACCUCACUGUCACUGAGCAUCAAGGUGUUCAAUGGACGGUAUACGGCGAACUUACCGGGAAUGUGAUGAGAUUGCAACGGCUUGCUCCGGAGGUUAAAGAUACCUGGUUGGAUCUCGAGCUGAAACAGAUGGCUUUCAUCGCCAGCAAUAUCGAUUCCCCACAAGGCGACUACAAUGACUUUGAUUAUCCUAUCCGGUCGGGUGUCCAGUUCUGCGCAACCAUCGAACCUGUCCAGCCGCUGAACCAUGUCACGAAAACCAACGUUCGCGAACUCGCCCUCCAUGCAGUUUGGAGUCCAGACACCGGUUUCAACUUUGGAUUGAUCCUCCCUACCCCAAUCGGCAUCCAUCUGACCAAGAAAAUCACCUCCGGUCCAGUAUCAGUCGAGAUUGGCUUGUCCCCAAUGCCACAUAUUCAGGUUACAGCCGAACUCAACGUGACCCCAACGAGACAAAGCCAGCCUCUAGUCUUCAGAUUCGGGCUCAAGGCAGAUAUAAUCGGGGCCCAGGGAUUCGGAGAGAUGAACAACUACUGGGUCAACCCUUUGGGCAUCAGCGAGAAGGUGAAAAUCGGGCCGACAAUCGCGCUCGAGCUUGGAAUUAAUUACGCCACCCUCGCAGCCACCGGUACACCCUCAUUCAUUGGCUUCUCUGCGGGAAUGGCCAUCGGAGAUGUGGAAGCGCAGGUUGCCAUGGCGAUCUCGGAGAAUCCGGGGGAUGAACUGAUCAAGGCCAGCCUAACUAAGCUAUCGGUCCAGGACUUGGUCAAAUUUGCUUCCGAGAUCUCUGGGCAGGAACUCGCGCUGCCGCCGCAAGACUUACUCGGCUUCAGGGAUGUAUUGCUAUACCUUUCGACAGGAGUUACGAUCGGGACAACACAUUAUCCUAGCGGGGCGACAAUGAAGGGAGAGAUGGAUUUGUUUGGCCAGUCUACCGACCUCGAGUGUACGAUCGGUGCCACCACCAGGAUAGCGGCGCAGUUCGGGGAGCUCGAAGUCGGGCCGCUUAUUGUUAGUGGCUCAAACGGCGGUGGUCCUAGUGCAGUCAUCGAACUCGGCGUGUCGAAGCAACACAUCCUCAUCGAUGGUGCUGUCAAGAUUAUGGAUCUUGAAGCAUCAGUUCGCUUCGUCUGUGAUAUUCUACCGAGUCCUGGGAUGGAAUUAUCCCUCCGCCUCGCAUUUGCCGACGCACUCGAGAUCAACCUAGACGCGAAAUUGAUUGGCAUAGCAGAUUUCAAGAACCUCUCAGGAGCAGACUUCAUGGUGCAUGCGGUCGUAGAACAGGAUAUCCUACAGUACUUGGCCAGACAGAUCAGGCACUAUCUGUCUGCCCUGCUGGUGUUGCUGCAGAAGGGCAUCGAGGCUGCGCAGUACUUUAUCGACGAAGCCCAAGAGGGGAUUGAGAGUGCCAUUGAGCUGGCAAGCAGCGCUCUGGAGAGCGCCAAAUCCGUCUGGGACGAGACGGAGGCAGCUGUGGACGCCGUGCUGGACGAGCUGCAAGAUGACUUCCAGCGGGGGCUUGAGUCGCUUGAGUUGAACCUAUUCACGACGCAACAAGAAGCUGAGGACGCCAUUUUUGAGGCUGGCAAGGAACUGGAGCAGGCAAAGAUGAUCAGCGCUACUACCAUCGCUGCAACCAUCACCGUCGUGCGGAAGAAGAAGGCCGAGAUGCGAAAGGGCAUCACCACCAAGUUGCAGGAGAUUCGCGAGGUCAAGGAGAAAACCAAGGCGAAGUUUGGAGCGCUCGAGGAGAAGAUUAAGCACAUCGAGGAGAAGGUCAAGCAUGCACAGAUUUGGUACGACACAUGUAGUGCCCACUUCCAGGCUGCCGAGCAGACCGUCGAGGACGCGCCGUUCUAUCGCAAGAUCGACCUCUCUUUGCCGGUGCAUAGGUGGCGCCAAGUUAGAGACGACGCCUUAGCGGAACUCACCAUACUGAAGCUACAGCUCAGUCAAGCGAUUACGUCCUCCCAGAGUCCCGAAUACAACGAACUCCGCGCUCGAAAGGCAGCAAUGAAAGACGAUCUCCGCCAAACCCGAAUGAUCUCGGAGAAGACAAUUGCCGAUGCCGAAGCAGACCUAGAGGCGGAAAGAAAAGUGCAGGAGGCCCUCGUCAAUUACCACGAGGCCAAGGUUGUCAAGGAAGCGGUGGCUGGCUCGCAGAACAAUAUCAAGGAGAAAGAGCGGGCGAUGCAGCGGUUCAAGGAGGAACGCGAGACGGCUGUCCAGGAGGCACUCGCCCGCAAGGAGGCGCUCGCCCAGAGCCGCGAACGCGAGCUGCUCGACGCCGCAAGGGACGAGUUCAAAAAGGCCACUAUCGCCAAGGUCGACGUAGCCGCGGCCAAAUCGGCGAUCGAGAAGAUCCCGACAACUAUCUCGGCCGACUGGCUCGAAACUCUGGUCGACGGCAUCGACGACGUGCUCGACAUCAAGCGCGUCGAGGUCUCGGGAAGCUUGAGGGAUCUGGUUCAGCACGGAAAACCGCUCAAAGCGGAAAUUACUAUGGUGGUUGCGGGGAAGGAGAUGGUCUUUGCUCUGGAUUAUGGCGUCGCCGAUGCUGUCGGGUUUGUGGGCGGUGUUUUGGAGGGCGCGUGGGAUGCUGUUUGUGAGGUUUUCGAUGGGGAGGAGUAG